AAAGAGCAUUUACAGAUCUAAUCGUCUUAAUUUGAGUAGUUUUUAGUUGAUUUUCUGGCUGCCAUACCUAUACCUACCACUCCCGAUUCAGCCUCACAGCCGUCGGCAUCCAAGAGCGCAAUAUCGUUACUACAGCAAUGCUGGGACAAUGGACCAGACAAUGUAUUUGUGACCAUGCCCCAGCUAUUCCUGAAUCUCUCUGAUAAUGAGAAAGAGUGUUCUAUUGGGAUCGGUUACUUACUGCAAGCUAUCCCCGAGGCCUAUACUUCUGUGGUCGACCCAUUCAUCCAGGGAUUAGACUCAUCUGCCUUGUGGCGUCUCAGAUUCACUGUGCAGAGGCUAAUUAACUGGCUAGUAACCAUUGACCUACCUGGAAUAGCGAUCUGGAUUGUAGCUAUCAUGGAGAGCCUUGCUUCUCGUGGAGAAUUCAUGCUACUACGAGAGCUUGCGGACGAGAAUGCGUAUAAGAUCGCCAGGCAACUCGCAUUUAAAGCGCGGAGGAAGGAUGCAUUGCUAGUUUUGAGGUUCAUGUUACUUGGCUAUCAUCAUUCGCCUGUCCUAUUCAAUAAUAUUGUCCAAGGCCUCCUUCCGCUUGUUGCUAAGUGCCGGAAGACCUCAGAAGAUAUUACAUUUGCAGGCGAAAUUAACAAUUUAGCUCAGAUACUUUUGAUUCAUUUUGGGGACACAGACGCCGUUAGCACAAAAGUACAAAAAGCACGGGCAUUCCUGGACCUGCCUGUUGUUUCUAGAGCAGAAGCGCUGCAGACAAUGCAAGAAAACUCUUGGAAGAAGAGUCUUCAUAUACAAAACACCUCUGCAGGCUUCCGCCGCAGGCCAGCGUUUGCACAGCCUCUCGGGAAAGUUGGGUUAGUCAACCUGGGCAACUCUUGUUUUAUGAACAGUGCACUUCGUGCUCUGUUUUGUUCAACAGAAUUUAAGCAAUCGAUCUUAUCUGACACAUUAAAAGUCGAACCUUCCAAGGUUAUGACAACAAGGUUACGUGAGACUUUCAAUAACCUUUCGACGCCACGUCUUUCCGUCGUCACUCCAUCGGCUCUUUAUAAAGCACUUCCUAACUGGCUAAACGAUGGUCACCAACAAGAUGCUGCUGAAUUUAUAAAAAUUCUGUUUAGCCAACUGGAAGGUGAAGGUCCGAUCCCAAAAGAGGCACUAUCGUCUUUCCAAGGGACGGCUGUCAAUCAGAUUGCAUGCGGCACGUGUGGAACAGUGUCCUCUAACAAAGAGGAGUUUUACGACUUGACAGUGCCACUUCCACGAGCAGAUAUUGCUGAACUGCAAGCUCUCGUCGAUAUCUUCCCUACUAUCGAAAAGCUGAAUGACGAGAAUAACAACAAGUACUUUUGCGACAAGUGUAAAUCGCUUCAAGAUGCGACAAGGUCUACGAUUCUGGAAUCAGUACCAACAAAUCUGAUCAUUUCCUUAAAUCGCUUUGAAUUUGAUGUUGUGCGAGCACAGCGGAUCAAAAUCAAUACGCCUCUCCAUUUGUCUGAAAAUAUUAAUAUCAAGGUCCGAGAUGGACAAGAGGCCCAAAGUUACAGUUUGUAUGCAGUCGUCAUUCAUACAGGAGACUCUGCUAACCAUGGACACUACUAUACAUAUGCCAGGGAUAGCGCUGCUGUAGAUGUCGUUACUGCUAAAGAUCAAGAUGCCGCAACAUGGCUUAUCUACAACGACACUCGUAUUACAAUUUCGAGCUUUGAGGCUAUGCAGCAGUCUUUGGAAAGAAGCCGCGCAGAUACCCCAUACAUGCUUUUUUUCAGAAAAAUUUGUCAUAUCUCACCUAAAAAUGAGGUGACACAAGUGAUACGUGUAAAAAGAUCCGCUUCCAAUCUUUAGAUGUAAUUACAAUAACAAUCGCAAUAAUAACAAU